AUGGCCUUCCCUUACAUUGACACACCACGCACGGAAAUAGACGGCAACGCGACUUACCUAACAAACGGAUAUCGCAGCGCAGGACGACACCACUUAUCUGCACUCGACUCUCUUGAAAAUUCAUUUCAAACACCGUCUAAGGACAAUGAUGUGAUAAAAGGCUUUGACAAACGCGUCACUCCCCGCGCUGGUGCUGCCUCGAAGUCGACAAGAGGCGCGUUGCGACACCUUCCAGGCGCGGGCCCAGAAAAGGGAGAAUUCACCCCGUUAAUGAAGAGCGCGACAAAGAACAACUAUCUGAGAAACAUGUCUACAAGCCGAGCAGACGGUCCGAAAACCCCCGGGUAUCAGCGCGAGACCUACCGCAGCAAUGCCCACACGCCUGGUUUACCCCCAAUGGAUAUGUCUGACAUAUACGAGGAAGAUCGGACAAUGGAAGAGACCACUCCAGUUCCGCAUGCCGCAAGCAGCAGUGCGCAAAGUACACCACUGCCUGGGCUCUCCGGACGCGACCGCGACGGAGGAAUCCUGGGCGAUGGACAUAAUAACCUGUCACUGAAGGAGCAAGCUAUAGCCCUUGACAAACUUAGCAAAGACAAUUUCAACCUGAAGCUGAGGAUCCAUUUCAUGGAGGAACAAUUGCAAAAGAUUGGCCCGGAGACCAACAAAGAAGCCCUGAAAGAAAACAUGGAACUCAAAGUACUACGAACGACAAUGCAACGUGAUAUUUCCCGAUACCGAAAGAACCUUCAGCAGGCAAAGCAGACGGCUGAGGAAUACCAGCUUCAGCUCGUGGAGUUGCAAGGCAAGAGGUGGCAUGAACAAGCCGAUCAGACGGUGCAACGAGAAAUGGAUAUGAUGCGUGAAGAGCUUGAAUCGCGUGAUAACGAAGUCCGAGAAUUACGUGACGAAUUAAGGCACCUUAAAGAUACUCAAUCGCAAGUGACCGACAAACUUCGAGACGACAUCGAGGACCUGGAAGCAAGCUCGAGAGAAAAGGAUCGAAUUAUUGAGGAGCGCGAAGAAGAGCUUGAUGAUCUCAGACGCAACAGCGAAGAGAAUGGUGUGGUUUCCGAGCUUCAGGAUGAACUCGACCGUGCUAGGGAGCAGAUCCAAGAGCUCCAAAAUGCCCGAAGUCAAGCCAUCGAAGAGAAGGACCGCGCCGAGGAGGAUUUGAGAGAGUUGCAGGAUGAAAUGUCAAAUAAAUCCUUCACCACUAAAGGACUGAGCCGGCAAAUGGAGGAAAAAAUGGAGAAACUCGAGGAAGAGCUACGCACGCUACAACAAGAGAACGAUGCUUUGAGAACGGAAGUCAAAAACAAGACAAACCAUGUGAUUCGCCUAGAAGAGCAUCAUAGAACCAUCCAAGAUGGCCUGCAAGACAGCGCCCAUUUGGCUGAGGAUCUUAAUACGGCCAAACAGGAACUCAACCAGACUUCCGUUCGACUACAGGAGGUUUUGAAUGAACUCCAGCGCACAUCGGACGAAAAGGAACUUCUCCAAACUCGCCAUCGUGCUCUGACCGAUGAAUCUGGAGGACUGCAAGCCGAGCUCGAUCGAGCACAAUCCACCGUCCGUGAACUUCAAAGAGCGGUCCAUGACGCUACAGCUCAUGCCCAAGAUGAGGGGCACAAGCUCAACUGGAAGCAUAAAACCGAGCUCGAGAAACUGCAAGAGGAGAUUGAGAACCUCCAGCAUAAGAUCGAGGAGAAGGAGGGCCGAUUUGCAGUCGAUAAAAGCCGGUGGGAGAGCAGCAAGCGAGCCCUACAAUCAGAGAAAGCAUGGGCCGAAGAGCAAAUCGCAAAUCUGAAGCUUGAAAUCGAUACGCUACAGAACGCUGGAAGUGCCUACUCCGGCAAGGAAUCAAGGCUACAGGAUGCCAUCGAUAGCGAGAAGAAGCGGUUCGCGCAAGAGAAGUCUAUGAUGAACGACCAAAUCCAAGAACUCAUGGAUGACGUCCAGAAAACAAGACGUGACCUUGAUGAAAAACGAGAAGAGCUUUUCGCGGCGAAGGAGGAUAUUCGGGUAUCUCGACGCGAAGAGAAGGCACUUGGAGACAAAGUACAAGCGCUGGAAGAUGAAAUAGUCGUGCUGCAAUUGACUCUGGCAGAUGAGCAAGAAAUCGCCAAAGGCCGGCAAAAUGCGACUCCUGACAUGGAGAAGAAGUUGGAGUCUUCGGUUGCCGAGAAGCAGAAGCUUCGGGAUCAGCUUGCAGAGGCUCAUGUGCAACUGUUUGCACUACAGUCUUCAGUGCAGGAACUUGAAGCUGAGCGUGACGAGCUCCACGGUCAACUUGAGAAAGCCCAAAUCGGGGAUGAUACCACUCGAUUCGACCGCGACAAGCUCGAACUACGUAGAAUGGUAGCAAAACUCGAAAAUGAGCUCAAAACGUUGAAAGAUGCCAAAUGCACACUCGAAACCCAACUUCUUUCAGGAAAUGAAGAGGAAGGACGUCUUUUAGCUGAAAUCGACCGCCUUCAGGACAAAUUGCUUGCAGGCUCGGGUAACCGGGAUCGAGAACUCACUUCAGCCAAGACCAAGGUACAGCGCCUGGAGCGCCGUGUCCAAACUCUCGAAUCUCUUCUUGAGCAGCAGCCUGUCGUGGAAAAUGAGCCAUCUGGUGCGCAUGGAGACCUCUCCUUACUCCGACAAAGCUUAGAAGAGGCUCGAAAGCGCGAAAAUAUUCUUCUCCAGCGUGAAUCGAAAUACAAAUCUUCUGCUCAAAAUUACAAGUUACGAGUCGAAGAGUUGGAGAAGGAUCUUCACGAAACAGCAAUGAGGAAGUUUGUCUCACAAUCCCCGCAAAACUCUCCGUCUAAUAAGCUGCACGAAGAGCUGCGAAGUCUACGAAAGCAAGUGGCCGAAGCACACCGAUCCCUGCACGAAGUGAACAAGAAGAACCGAGAGCUUGAACGCGCCGCAAUGAAAGAAGAAGACCAAAAGGACUUCCAUGAGCUCCUCAGGUCCUCUACGCUCGAAGCCGAAUCCUUGAACCUCAAGCUCUCCGAGCGGGAAGGGCGCCUCAACGAAUUAAAGACACACGUGCGCCGAAUUCGCGAAGAGCGGGAUGCACACAAACGCGAGGCUGAAGCAGCAAAUAAGAACAUCGAUGCUUUGCAACGACGCCACGAUGAGAUCUUGGAGAAGAACUCCCUCACGAGGUCGAGCAAUAAGACCAAGCACGAGAAAGAGAUUCGAGGUCUAGGAAAAGAAAUCAUAUGGCUUCGUGCGCGCCUGCAGCGAGAGGAAAAGUUCCGACGCGAUCUUGCCUGGAGCAAGGGCUUGAUGGAACUUGGUGAACGCGUCCGAGUAGCAUGUAACGAUGCCGAUCUCCGCAUGAUCUCUGAGAUGGGCGUGCAGGCCCGUGAUCGUGCUCCUGUCCGUACCCCUCGCCACAAGUUGAAAUCCGCCAUAUCUCUAGUAAGGGCCGCCGUUCGCAUGCAACGGAUGAGCAGCGACUGGAAACGAACGAAGAAACUGGGUGAGGGCUUGAAGCGGGCUAAAAGCGAGAUGCUCAAGCGUCGCGACAGCUCGAACAAAGGUUUACUUGGCCAAUAG